CGUAAAUUUUCGAUCAUCGAGAACCAGAAGCUUCACCUGGAAAGGCCAUCAAAAGGGAAAGGUGGAGGUGACGGUGCAUGGCGGAGGUAUAAAGCCUCGCUGGGUGAAGGAAGCGGCAGUCCAUCUCACGGCGUGACCACAUCUGCCGACAUGUUCUCUGCGGUGCUGAAGGUGUGUCUGCUGGCAGCUGCUGCCCUAGCUCUGCCCGGCGGCUUUGGGGGCGGCUUUGGCGGUGGCUUUGGCGGCGGAUAUGGCGGCGGCGGCGGCGGCGGUCAUGGUGGUGGCGGCGGCGGCGGGUUUGGUGGUGGAUAUGGAGGUGGCGGCGGUGGCGGCGGCGGCGGCGGCGGUUACGGGGGUGGCUAUGGAAGCGGUAUUGCAGUGAGUUACAAAUGUGUUUUUACGUCCUUUGCACUGAUAAGUAGAGAUGAUACAGAGGGAGAGGGAGUAGAAGGCGGCAGCACAAAGCGUGGUGCCUCACACUCGUCCCCACAGGUACCCAUCCCUUACAACUUCGACUACGGCGUCUCAGCGGGCAACACCAACUUCGGCCACAGCGAGAACGGUGACGGUCGCGGCAACGCCCACGGCGGUUACUGGGUUAACCUGCCCGACGGUCGCGUGCAGAAAGUUGACUACUGGGCUGAUGGCAGCGGCUACCACCCGGUGGUGACCUACCAGGGCACCGCCGUCUUUCCCGCCGGCAAGGGCCGCUACGGAUACCACUGAGAGGGCCAUGAAUCCACUAUCAGAGUCGCGUGACUGACAGGGAGCCGCUGUAUCUUGAUUUACUUAUCCUUGUGUUAAGAAUUUGUUAAAUAAAUGGCUGCAGGAGAA